AUGAACAACUACAAUACCGACCACCAGCUGAUAAGCUUCGUUCCUCGCAUGGAACAAGCUGUGGCCCAGCGCAACCCCCAUCUCGGCGAGUAUUGGGACAUUAUCCUCUCCAUUCAAGAGAACUUGCGCCAACCCGCUAGUGCCGAGUUCGCCGGGGUUGAAGUCAUCAAGAGCCUUGAAGAGAUCAAGAGGAUGAAGAGGUGGAACGACCAGCACAACCACUUCUCGCGUUGUGCAUACGAGUAUUUGAGGUUCGCUUACAAUCUCGGCGCGUCGGAGCAGGCGAUCAAACGGAUUGCCCACACCAAGCCCAAUAUCGGUGUUGAGGCACUGGCGGGCAUGAACGCUCAUGAGCUUUCCCUCAACCGCAGGAUCACCAGGGGAGAACAGGGCGAGGAUCAGACCUACGAGGGCCGCAUGCGCUCGGAGGCCGAGUUCUGGGUGCACGACAAGAUCGUGUGCGACUACACCAGAAAGAGAGUUCCCCAGAGCGCCAGGCUUGACAUUCCCAUCUUCCCAACGGACGAGGCCGGGUAUGUCAGGGAGAUGGUCGAGGCCAUGUCCAACAUGGUUGGUGAAAAAGAUGGCAGUGCAUCCCAGAUCGACACGGUGAGAAAGAUGUCGAAGGGUGUUAUGGAGCAUGUUGCCUGGCAGUAUUUUCGCGAGUCGAGACAAGCCCAGAAUGGUGAUGCCAAUAUCCAGCCCUGGUGUACCGGCUUCUACCUGCGGGAGUACGACUCAUGGCAGGAAAGAUGGGACGACAUGGUCGCCCUAAUGACGAAGUCAAAGGCUGCGGUAGCUGACAUGAUCAUCGCAAUUUACCCGAAGCGCUUCGCUAGCGACCCAUACUAUGAGUUGCAGCGCAAAAAUAUCAAUGAUCGCAACAACAAGAAAAGGGCGCAAGAGGCGAGGGACAUUGCGGCGCUUGCUGCCCAGGGGCAGGCUUCCGGUGCCGGAGCUGGUCACUAA